UUUUGUCACCGUUAUUGGAUGUACAUUUAAAGUCUCGUGCUGAUUAACUUUGGAAUCCUUGACUUUGUAAACAUUUUUGCAUGCCAGGGUCCCACUCAGACUACCACAGUAUUGCACAAAUUUGUAUUAAAUGCAUAACAUGACAUGGAAGACAUGAAGAUGAAAUCGUACUUGGUCCCAUUUCGCAAAACAGAGAUUAUGUCAAGAGUUACUGAGACACACGUCUGACAUUCUAUUCAGCGAACAGGUUUGGCGUCAAAGUUACGCCCUGGAACCUGGAACGCGCAUUCCUUUCCCCCACCCAUUAAAUGACAGCUGCAGUGCAGUGAGGAUGGAGCUGCAGUCUUGAGAUGACACAUCGACAGAAGUGCUCAUAAUUUUGAACAAAACAAAAGAUUGUUUAGCCUACACCAGAUCACAUAUUACCCAUCACGUCUGGUGGCACUGAGUGUCCUUUUCCAUUCAUUCUCCCCUCUAGCAAUCAUGAGGGACAGACUAGAUCAUCUUCAGACCAUUUCAGAGUCUAACAGCCAUCUAGAGGAGCUGGAAUCCGACUCUUUCAGCAAUGUUGAUCUGGAGGAGGAUUUCAGACAGCAGGCUGUCAUUUUUGACAACAGUGAUGAGAUGGAGUCUGUGCUCGAUGAGGCUCAGGACACUAGGCGUGAGAUUCAGCUCAUCCGCCUCGAGGUGAAGCGUCUCAGGGAUCAAAAUACACGUAUACUUAGUCAACCGACUCGUACAACUCAUGUAAAGCAGGAUGCCAAUGUCAUCGUAGGUGACAUAAAGACACGUGGACAGGAUGUUCUGACACGUCUACAAAAAAUGGAUGCCCACACCAAAGAGAUCGAAGAGGAGCAUGGCAUCAACUCAGCUGUGGCGAGAAUCGCCCGAACACAGUACACUACCCUAAGCAACAACUUCCGAGACGCAAUGACAGAGUACAAUGACGCUGAGAUGGAUCACAAAGAUUUGUGCAAGCGUCAUAUUCAAAGGCAAAUGGAGAUUGUGGGCCGAGAGGUGACAGGUGACCAGAUUGAGGAGAUGCUGGAGAAUGGUCAGUGGAACAUCUUCACUGAUAACAUCAUGUCAGAAGGGAAAACGGCUCGUUCUGCACUCAACCAGAUUGAGAGCCGACAUCGCGACCUGCUGGAUUUAGAAAGCCGACUCAAGAGCCUUCAUGAAGUGUUCCUGGAUGUGGCUAUGCUUGUAGAGGAACAAGGACCCAUGACAGACUACAUCUUAAACAAUGUUCAGAAAACCGAUGCCAUGCUUGGUGAAGUCCUUAUCAAACUGGGACAGGCCAAGAGACAUGACAAUAACAACCCAUUCAAGAAAAUGUUCUGUGGAUGCUUUCCAUGCGCUAAACACUGACUGACUGUAAACAGUGAGGACUUGCACAUUGGAUUGCUGAUUUAUCUACUGACUUUUUUCAGUUAUCAUUUUAAAAAUGGGAAGCCAGAGAUAUGUUGGGAAAAGGACCAUAGUUUUUCAAAACUUAAGCUCUCUCAGCAAUCAUUGAACCUGAUACUACUGACGUGAACAAUAACCCAUCUGUGUCUUCACAACUUCAAAACACAUAGUCCUUCCUAUCUGCCAUCAUAAAAAUGCCUUUUCAUUUGCAGUUUGAUACCUGUAAACAUAUACUGGAAAUACUGGAAAUGACAUUGAAACCCAGUCACAGUUAAGAUGAAAGCAAAUGAGCUUUUGUGUAGAAAUUGUGUAGUAUUGCAAGAUAUGCAUAGGCUAUAAUUUAUUUACAUAAUUUACAUAAUAUCUUUCAUCAUUCUAAUGUGGUUGAAUAUGCACUUUCUAGACCCUUUUAGAUUAAAUAAUCCGGAAUAUGAAGCAUUUGCCAUGUUUUGCCAUAUUUUUAGUGAAAGUUGAUCACUUUUUUUUUCAAUCAGUUUUUCUGAAGCAAUGUUUAUUAAAAAAAAAAAAAACAGCUAAAUAA